AUGGAGGACCUUAUUACUGGACUAGGGCAGCCUCUGCAAGACCUUACUGAUCGAAAUAUAGCUGAGCUGAAUACCUUGAUUGAGUCUGCUCAGCUGAGCUUAAUCUCGGCGUCUUCUAGUGAAGUUGAUUUUAAACGCUCAAUGACUGCGAUAAAGGAUGCUUUGUUGGGAGCUAGUGACGAUAGGUUAAAUUACACGGCUUUAAUAUCGUUGCUGGAUUCUAUUGUAAGAAUCUCUUCUUUUGAAGAUGUACUUCAAGUCUUCACUGUGGAUGAUCUUAUUAAAGCGCUAGAGAGUGAUAUUAUACCGUUAAUACAAUGCGCGUGUAAAGUGGUUAGCGUUUCUUAUCCAAAAGAUAUCUUUGCUACAACAAGAAUAGUUGACGUUAUGUUACAUUUGUAUUUCAGUGAGAAGUCCAGCGCUGUUACCUCAAUCGAAAAGGUAUUCCAAAGCCUUUGUGGGAAUAAACUAAUACGGCGACGUAUAUUGGAGAACAAUUAUCCUUUACUGAAGCAGAUGCGAGAAACUAAUGACGCUAUAUUAUUUUCUAGAUUCCUAGAAUUGCUUUCUAUUUUGUUUCAGAACAUAGACUACUCUGAGUUCCUAAAGGACCUGUUCAUUCUUACCGAAGAUGAAAUCAAACUGUCGUUAUACAAGGACAUUUUUUUAUUUAUCAAUAUUACCAAGUACCAUCAGUUUCUCUUGAUGUUUUCAAACCAAAUAAACUGUAAUACGGGCCUUAAGCAUUGGGCAUUGCCUUAUCUACUCCCAAAUAUGAAAGUCUUCGGGUGUAUUUACCAGAACAAGGAGAAAUAUGCCGAAGUCCACAACUUUGCCAGUGCUUACUUAUUUCAGCUUUUCAAGACGGUAUCUUACCUGGACGAUAUAGAAGUGUUCCAUGACCUGGAUCUUAUGUAUGUGCACAUAAGUGCAGAAAAUACAGACCUACUUCAGCUGCUAGCAACUAUUAACCCUGCAUACUUCGUGAAUUUCUAUCCAGAACUUCUCAAAACAUAUGUGGUUGUGCGGCCCUCUCAAUUGCAGGUUAUAAAGAAUGUCUUGAGCUGUGAAUCAGCUUUUGAACUGGUAAAACCAAACAUUUCUUCUACUGCAAUUUUGUCAAUGCAUUAUUCAGAGCAGAUGCUCCUCUUGGAGCAUUUGACCUUAUACAACUACGCGACUGAAUAUUUACUUCAAGAUCUUCCCAAGGUUAUGUCCAACUUAAUUACGAACGAGAAUGGACCCGUAACGGAACCACACACAUUGGAGGUACGCAAAAAGGUUUUUGAGAAUCUGUUGAAAUGUAGUGCCGCUGUUCUCAAUGUUUGGUACGAACCACUGACAGCAGAAUACACCAACAUGUGCUUAGGUAAAACUUCUGUGCCCACUACAAAGGUUGCAAGCAUGUAUUCUCAAUAA